AUGGCACUCAGUGUUCCCAUCAGAGACGCUGGCAUAGCAGACGGCUUUCGCCUCUGGGCCAACAUGACCUACCCCGAUCUCCCACCAGACUUUGGCCCUUACGUUCAGGGCCAAGAGCUCAGCUACGUCUCUCAAUCUGCGUGCUCGGCCGACGUGGUCCUCGUACCCGCCGGCCAGGGCGCCCUCUUUCAAACCAAGAACGACACUGUUGGCGUUGCUCAUCUCGGUGACGACUCCUCCCCCUUUGCCGGCAUGAUUGUCACCCCUGGCGGUACUGCGUCGGUGCCGAACGAUAACACCGUGGAGCUGAAGUGCUCGUCCGCUACCCCGGGAAUCUUUGUCACUGCUGAUGGGCUGGAGUAUCCAAAGGAAGGCGGCCCGAGGGGGGCAGGCGGAUUUAUGGCGUGCAAAAGAGAGGACGCCGUGGUGUUGAGCUUCUUUAGGUGGGGCCAGAGACCACUUAUAGGUUGUACUGUCGUUCAACUUCUUCCCAUCUAUUGA